GUGUGCUUUAGCUUUGCAGCAUCUUCGUGAAGUAGACAUUUUUGCAUGUUGUAAAUAAUUCCUGCCAUGUCAUCUUCUCAGUUUAACAACACUAUUGAACAGCAGUAUUCGAAUUCCCUGGAAAUAUUUGUUUUUUCCCUCCUGUCUACGGUCCCGGCCUGCCUCUUUCUCUUCAUUAAUGGCACCUUGAUGUUCAGCCUGAGGAGCAAACCUGUGCUGCGAUACACCUGCCGUUAUAUUCUUCUGUAUAACCUCCUUGUUGCAGAUACAGCUCAGCUGGUGGUGACUCAGGUCCUGUCUCUACUUGCUAUCUCCAGAGUCAAAUUGACAUACGGCGUCUGUGGCACCAUCACUACCAUAGCCAACCUUACCUCUGGAAUUUCUCCCCUCAUCCUGGUGGUGAUGUCUCUGGAGAGAUAUGUAGCUGUGUGCUACCCUCUCAGGCAUGCUUCCAUCAUCACCAUCAAAAACACAGCAGUGGCCAUUAUUGCAACCUGGACUGUCAGUUCCCUUAAUAAUGUCACCAGAAACCUGUUCUUAUUAGAAUUUGAAAACCUUGGUAGUGUCAUGAUGAAAGACUUUUGCUCUGAUGUUGCUUGGUUUCCGAAUUCGUUGUGUGAAUAUUAUGAUAAGGUAUACACUGCUUUUGUGUUUAUUUCAGCCGGCUUGACUGUCAUUUUCUCUUAUGCUGGCGUUGUGAUUGCAGCCAAUUCAGCCUCUACAGAUAAAGCAUCUGCCCUUAAAGCCCGUAAGACACUGCUGUUGCACAUCAUCCAGUUAGGACUCAGUCUGUCCUACACCAUUUACUACCCACUGCUCAUAGCUCUGGCCGGGUCUGUAAAAAGAGUAGUAUUUGUCUGGGUCCAGCGGGUGUUUUAUGUGUUUAUUAUCAUUCUACCGAGGUGCUUGACUUCUUUAAUUUAUGGCCUCAGAGAUAAGACCAUCAGACCUGUUCUAUUACAGCAUUUAUGCUGCAAAAGAAAAAGCCUUAUCUGA